AUGCGAGCCCGUCGCGAAGCCCGUCGUGAUGACGACUAUGACGAUGGAGGAGGUCGCAGAAGAGGAGGACGCAGAGAGCGCAGGCAGGGCGGGGGACUUAUUUCGGGCCUUGCUAGUGGCAUAGGGCUUUUGUCUGAGAGCAUUCAGGCGCAUAAGGAGGGGAAGGAGGAGAAGAUGAGGUCAGAGGGCGGUUUGAGACAGGACAUCCCGUAUCGACAAAGAGAAGAGAGGAGGGAUGGUCCGGGUCCGGGUCCGGGCCCAAAUAUGAAUGAGCCGCCGCCUGCUUAUGAUGCGCCAAAUUAUCCUCCCGGGCAGAGUGGCUAUUCUCAAGGACAGAAUAGUGGAAAUAGGGAGCAACGGUAUCCGGAUGAGGCACAGGGUGGUUAUGACCGACCGUAUGGGGCUGAAAGGACGGGUUCUUCGCAGUAUCAGGGUGAGAGAAUGGGUUCUGGUCAGUACUCAGAUGAGAAGGCUAGCCAGAACCCGUUUGGGGACGACAGGCCUAGUCAGGGCGAGCCAGCUAGCAACAACCCAUAUCGGAAUCAGAUGCCCAGUCCCGGUCAACACCAACGUGAGAGAAGCUUUCAAGAUGAAAGAUCGAGUCCCAGCCAAUAUCCAGACGAGAAAGCCAGUGCUAGUCGUGGCCUGGCUCCUGAAGACGAAGCCGAAGACGAGCUCGAAGACGACUGGGCUCUCGAUGAAGCACAAGACGAACUCAGAAGCCCCAUCGAAGAGAACGGCCCACCACCAACCGGAGACGACUUUUUAAGCACCACCCCCCGCCAGGCUAUUCCGAACAAGCACCACGAGAACGACAACGACUUCCUUUCCCCGUCAGCCUACGCGCCCAUCCUCGAGAACUGCGGUAUUGACCAAGCGACCUGGCUCGAGUUCUUGGACUCAUUCGAGAAAAACAGUACUGCGAACCCCUGGAUCAAAACCGUUAAUUUCGCAGCGCUAGCUACGAUUCCGUUGCCAUUGGCCAUUGGAUCGGCGGUGGGGUAUGCGAUCCGGAAGGGAAGUGAGGUUGCCAUUGAGGUGCAAGGCAGAGAGCGAACAAACACAUUCCUCGCCAAAAUCAACGACGAGUUCUUCCGUCCGCGAGGGCUUUUCUGCCUGAUCAUGACUUGGAACCCGGCAUCCUCAAACCACGUCGAAGCCGUGGACCUAAACGCAACCAUUGCAUCGCGCACCAAACCUGCAUCCAUGACAUCCAAACUCCGCCAAUCGGACGGCGUCACGCACGGCGAGUGGCAGUUCCCCGAGACAGCACCGCUUGUGUUUCCAACACUGGACAAGCUAGCUUCGCAGACGGGAGAGGAUGCUGAGAAGAAGCUGGGCAAGAUGGCGAGGAGUAGAGAUUUCGUGGCCGGGUAUUUUGAUCGGAGGGCAACUGCUGAAUAUGCUAGCCAAAACCCCAAUAGCAUGCUCGCCAACGUCCCACAAGCAAAAUUUACUUCCCGCUACUCAGACCCUAACCACCCCGCCUCCUCUGGUAGCCUAAUCGCGCUCGUCACAGGUGGGAAAAUAGCAGGUCGUUCCGGCGGCCGCGGUGGUCUCAUCGGGGGUCUAGCAAGUGCGGCAAAGAACUAUGGCCAGAAACCCGAUGCCCAGAAACCGCAGAGUGGAAAUCAAGGGUACGGGAAUCAAGAGGAGAACCAGUAUAGUCGAAAUUACAAGGGUAGAAGAAGAGGGAGGAGAGACAGGUCUCCUAAAGAGAAGAGAGGCGGACUGUUGACGGGGAAUAUGAAGAAGUUUCUAAACCAGAAUGUGAUGUACAUGAUGGUAGUCAACAUGCCGACUGAGGAAGAGAUGGCCAAUGGGAAGAGAGCCGAUGAUGCUUCGCACAGCGGCAGUGGCCAACAGCAGCAGCAAUACGAUGAUCGUCCUCAGUAUGGCAAUGGACAGCAGUAUGGUGGUGGACAGUAUGGUGGACAACAACAAAGCAAUCCUCAAUACGAUAAUGGCUACACACCUCAACAGCAGUACAGUAGUGGCCAACAAAACAAUACCGAAUACGAUAACGGCUACGCACCCCAACAGCAGUACAGACCACCGCGACAAAACAACCCGCAAUACGACAAUGGAUAUCCGCCUCAACAGCAGCAAUCAGGCGGUUCUUAUCGGUACUAG